GUCGUGUCUACAUUCAGUUUCUUAACCUUGAUAUCUCGUGAUAAUCAUUUCCUGGAUUACUCCAUAUGUGAUAUAAAGUGAACUUGAGCAAGUAAAAAAAAAAGCAUGGACACGCCGGAAGGAAAGUGUUGGCGGUGCCUGAAAUCAGCCAAGUUCUGGUGCACUUCCUGUCAAUUUGCGCAGUAUUGCUCUCAGACUUGCGCUAAAACGGACAGAGGUGAUCAUGAGAAAGAAUGCGCACUGGGAACAUGGGGCGUUGGUCCUUGUGCCUAUUGUGGCAAAGAGGAAAGUUACAAUUGCAAAUGCGAGCAGUGUGGAGCAGCACGAUAUUGCAGUUCGAGUUGCUUGCUCCUGGACGAAAGGAAUCACAAGCCAGUUUGCGUCGACAUUCAAAAUCGGAUGCUUUCCAUGGCCAGAUCCAUUCGCACUUUGCGAAAGGACAUCGCUUCUGAUCUCACUCCUUGUUCGCGUCCGAGAACCUUGGCAGGUUGGGGGUUUCCGGCAUUGGAUAUUUUACGAGCCCAAGAAAACGAAUGGAGACUUCGGAAAAAUUGUUCCUUAUUCAAAAACUUUUCGGUGCUUAUUUUUGGCGCGGAUUUCAAACACGUUUUGGCAACUGUUGCUGGUUUGGGAGAUAAUCCUGUGAAGCAGCAGGAACCAUCAUUAAGCGGAGGUUCGGUCGACAUUUUGAAGCUGACGAUUGUGGAGGACGAUCCGGAGAUUUUAGCACGACUGGUGUUGCUCGUCCGAAUGUUGCAAAAUGAAUUCAUCGCAUCCGAGGCCGUCGUUCAGGCCAUGUACUACUGCCAUCUGGGAUUUCCAGAGCGUGAAGCAUUUCGCGGGAUUGUCCAAGGAGUGAUUGACGAGUUACUUCACGACGCCAACCUUCCUUCGAAAGAGAAGAAAAAGUCGGCAUUUUAUUGCAAGCGCACUCGUGCCCAGUUGUACUUGGUGUUCAAAGCCUGGAAGUCGUUAUUGUCGACGAAGCCAACAGCAGCAGCAGCAGGAGAUGACCAGCAUCAUCACGGCCGCCUUUCGGACGCCAUCAAGGCGUCAGUCGGCGCCGACGGUCACGCCGAUAAACUCGGGCAUUAUUUGGCGCAGUUGCCUUCGGAGUGGCUCCGCCGCAACGUUUUGCGCCAUCUGCUGCGCAAAACUUACGCGAAUUGCGAAGUCAGUCCCGUUUGCGUCAACCCGACUCUGGUCAAGAUUUGUGCCAAGGUGAACGAUCAUCAUGAGCAACCCGGUGCGGAUGGCGAAGAGAAGUUUGGAAAGAAAUUCGUUUUUCAACCCAGCGAGCAUCUCGAGCUCAUUUUCGAGGAUUGGCUUCCCAAUGCUUGUAAAUCAACCAUCAUUAAUAAGUUGCUCCAAUGGGAUGACGAAAGCAACGAUGACAUCAUUGGUCCUGUGUACGAGAAAAUGGUGGCUGAUUUCGUGGUUUCUGCCAGAAAGAAUAUUGACAAGUUCAAGGUUGUUUUCGUGCUGAAUUCCUUGGAGGAGUCGCUAUUAUUGAUGAAUGAUCAAAAAUUUGAUCGGAUUCUCACUGGACCGGAACAUGCUGAUCGCCUCGGGACCCCAUUUCUCAUCGAAUCAUGCGCAAACAUGAUCAAUGCAAUCAAUCCGGAUGCGAGACUCAUCACUUUCCAUUCAAUUUGGAGUCAAUUUCUCAAUUCGAAAAUCGAUCUGCUGACGGGAUUGUGUUCCUCGCACCGAGUCCCAAGUACUGCUGCUGAUGUACAGGAUAAAAAGCUCGUACCUCUGUUCUCAGUUGUUGCCAAUACCUCGAGUUCGUACGCUGAAGUACUUCGCCAAUUUCUCCGCGCAGAAUUGUUGGAAAACCGUGGGCAUUAUCACAAGGUCAAGCUUACUUUGGCGAAACUGCCGAAAUUUUCUGACGUGCAAAAUGGAUUAGACUUGCGAUUGGUGCAAUUUUCCCAGAAAAACAGAGUCGUUGUUCCUUUGAAGCUGAGAAAAAAAGGACGGGAACUUGUGAACUUGAAUGAAGACAUGAUAGCGUUGGAAUGGGUCCCUAAGGAGCAGCCCAAGGGAACCCAUCAGCAGAGGUCGAACCCAGCAGAACCGCAUUCCAUCUCUGGAUCGGAAAUGCUGCAACGCAUCGCGUCCCUGCCAUCCAGCAACACUUACUUUUCCCUUUUGCCACCAGCAGCAGCACCUGCGACGAGAACCCGAAUCACUUCUCAUCAUCAGCAACAACAGGUGCCUCGGAAACCCGAAAAUAAUGAGAAUAAGUACCAGCAGCAAGUACUACAGCAACAGCAGCCACGAGUCACUCACCUGUGACCCAACAGGAACGCACAAAAAAAAAAGCACCUGCGCCGACGAUCGAAGGACCCGAUGUUUAUAUAUAGUUGAAAACUAGGCCAAGAACUUUUAUUGGGCAUCAGUUUACGUGAUGUGAAAGGACGUGUGUGGUUUUUUUUUUUUGGUUUUGAUUUUAUUUUUUGGUCGAGUGUGGAUUGAGCUGAUGAUGAUGAUGAUGGGGGUCGAUCCCUGAGGCGGUUUUUUUUUUUUUAAGGAUGCG